CUCAGAGAUCCACCUGCCUUUGCCUCCCCAUGCUGAACGCUGGGAUUAAAAGCAUGUGCCACCAAUGUCGCACAAACUUUGAUACAUAGCAAAUAGCUGGAGAGGCCAAGAUAUAUUUAUGUAUAAGUUAAUGAACUGAAAAACUAAAAGUCAAUGUGAAGAUAAUACUUUAUUAACUAAUAAAAACAUUGAACAAAUUUGAAAUAUAUAUUACCCUAUCAUAAAUUAUUAUUUAAAAAUGAAUUUGUGACGAGACUUAGUUUAUGAUUUAUGUAUUAUAUGAAGAAAAUAAAAAUCAUUCUGCAAAUUUAGUUUAAAGAUAAAUUCUAAACUCAGUUAAUGAAAUACAAUAAUUUUCUGAUGAAAUUAUUUUUAUUCUUUACAUUAGAGGAGUAAAUUUUAUAUUUUUGAUGUAUAUCUGUAUUGUAAAAGUUACUUCAUUUAGAAGAGAAAUUCUAAAAAGCUUUUGUAGAGGGAAGGAGGAAAAGUUCACACAAUAAUGAAAGCCAAAAUGGUUGAGAAAAACUUCCCAGACACAAGCAGAGAAAGAAUGAAAGAAAGUGAAAACAAAAUUGGGAAGUAAAAAAAGAGCAUUCAGAAAAUGGAAACUAGUGUUUCCCAUUAUUUAAGAUGCAUCCCCACAGGAUGGGCUUCAGAGAACCUAGAGGGGAAGGUUCAGGACCACAGAGCCCAGAGGACCAGCAGCAUCUGCAACAUCCACAAUGUCGAAGCCCUGUGCCUUCCUGACGGUCCUGGUGGUGCUGAGCUGCUGGUCAACCUGCUCUCUAGGAUGUGACCUGCCUCACACACACAACCUCAGGAACAAGAGAGCCCUGACACUCCUGGCACAAAUGAGGAGAGUCUCCCCUGUCUCCUGUCUCAAGGACAGAAAGGACUUUGGAUUCCCUCUGGAGAAGGAGAAUGUCCAGCAGAUCCAGAAGACUCAAGCCAUCCCUGUCUUGAAUGAGCUGACCCAGCAGGUCCUGAGCCUCUUCUGCUCAAAGGACUCCUCUUCUGCUUGGGAGACAACCCUCCUAGACACAUUCUGCAGCGGCCUCCACCAGCAGCUCCAGGACCUGCAGGCCUGUCUGAGGCAGCAGGUCGGGGUGCAGGAAUCUCCCCUGACCCAGGAGGACCCCGUGGAGGCUGUGAGGAAGUACUUCCAUAGGAUCACUGUCUACCUGAGAGAGAAGAAACACAGCCCCUGUGCCUGGGAGGUGGUCAGAGCACAAGUGUGGAGAGCCCUGUCUUCCUCAGCCCACUGGCUGGCCAGAUGGAGAGAGGAGAAGGACUGAGUCCUGAGCCAAAGAGGAGAGGACUGUGCUGGACUAGGACACUCUAUCUCGCUUCAUGAGCUUCCUUUAAAACUCUCAUUCAUUUUGGGAUGAAUAUAAUCAACGUGACUAGAUGUUUCAGUGAAACAGAGCAAACUUUUUGUAUAUGUAAAAGCAUUUUUUUUCUUUAUCCAUUUGGUCAUAUUUAUUUAUUUAACUAUUAAUAUAAUUUCAGGCAUUUAUUUUAAAUCUUACUGUCUUAUUGUUUCUUUAAUGUAC